GCCUUAUCUCCAGCUUACGCACCAAAAGUUUUAGAAGCAGAAUAUUUUGCUAUUCUGUUUCAUCUAGAUGAUAAUGAUGGGUCUCAUGGGUCUGAGAAGACCAAGCGAGCUCAUGUCCCACUAACAGAAUGUAUAUUUGAACUUCCUAAUUUGACAGUUCAAGCAACUAGAGCUCAAACCCUUCUGCUUCAAACUAUUUAUCAGAGCUGGUGUCAUCCUGUUGGAAAUGUCAGUUCGGUGAUGGUAAAUGAAGUUUUACUGAAUGAGGUUUUCCAAACUUCAGGUGUGAAAUCUAAGAAUCCCCUGCCAACUCUUGAGGGCUCAAUCCAGAAUGUUGAAUUGAAGUACUGCGGCACAUCAUUGGUCAAAUGUGCCUCUGGGACCGUGGGAUCAAUAAAAAUUUGUGCCAAAGCCCCAGGUGAUGGCGGAAAAGAGAAGCUGAUUCCUUUGAUUCAAGGCCCUUCUGACACCAGAGACUUACACAGCAGUAAAUGGCUCAAUGAGAGUAGAAAGCCAGAAUCUCUCUUAGCUCCAGAUUUGGUAGCCUUUACAAUCCAAAUUCCACAGUAUAUGGACUACUGCCAUAACUCUGGUGCAGUCCUCUUGUCCAGUGUACAAGGAUUAGCAAUUAAUGUUGAUCCAGUCCUGUAUACUUGGCUUGUCUACCAACCUCAGAAACGAACUAGUAGACACAUUCAGCAG